GAAAGCAUUAAAAAAAAAGAAAAGAAAAAGGAAUUAGCAAAAUCAACAACGAAACACACAGAGCUCAAAGAAGACGAGAAGAGGCAACCAUGGAUCCCAAGUUAACAGAAGUUUCCCAACUGUUCGAGCGCUUCAAAGCUGCGUUUAUUCGUAAAGAUUUCAACACCUGUGAAAAUUUUCUUUCCCAGCUGAAGGUCUUGCUGACAGGAUUCAGGAGCCUGCCACCAUUGUUUGAAGAUACUCCUAACGCAGUUCAUGAAUUAACCCUAGCAAGAGACAUAUAUGAGCAUGCUGUCGUCCUCAGUGUGAAGGUUGAGGAUCAAGAUGCUUUUGAGAGGGAUUUCUUUCAGUUGAAGCCUUAUUACACAGAUGCUCGUAAUCGGCUUCCGCAAUCACCUCAAGAGUACCCAAUCUUAGGUCUCAACUUGUUGAGACUGCUUGUGCAGAACAGAAUUGCUGAGUUUCAUACUGAACUGGAACUGCUUUCAUCCACUGCUUUGGAAAAUCCUUGCAUUAAGCAUGCCGUGGAGUUGGAGCAAUCCUUCAUGGAGGGGGCUUACAACCGUGUGUUAAGUGCUAGACAGACAGUGCCACAUGAGACUUAUGUUUAUUUUAUGGAUCUCCUUGCAAAGACAGUAAGAGAUGAAAUAGCUGGAUGUAGUGAGAAGGCAUAUGAUUAUCUUUCAAUUAGCAAUGCACGGCAAAUGUUGCUGUUCACUUCUGACAAAGAACUGCUGAAUUAUAUUGAAGAGGAGCAUCCUGAGUGGGAGAUAAAGGAUGGUUCUGUUUAUUUCCAGAAGGCAAAAGAAUCUGCACCUUGCAAAGAGAUUCCUUCCCUGCAACUCAUCAACCAGACUCUUAGUUAUGCAAGAGAGUUGGAGCGGAUUGUGUAACUGAUAUGUGCUUGAGAUUAAAAAAAAAACUCCAAAACAAUUUGUGCUACUUUAGAAUUUAUCUCCUACUUAAGAAAUUACUUUGUAUUUUGAUUUUGUUAUAUCUGUGACAUUUUUCGAGCCUGGUUAUUCUGGCAUUUACAUUCAUCAACAUGGACGUUUGACAAAUAUUAGUGGAAAUGAAUUUCUGAGGUUGAUUGGAA